UGUAACGCGGGAAACGCUACUGUGUCGGUUGGUUCAGUGUUGUUUCAGAAGAGCAACCCGCCACGCUAAUCCACAUACUUACGGAUACUAUCAGUAUCACACCAACAAAUGACCUCAUCCUAAAGUCUGUAGCUUGUUUCGCUCUGUUUUGAGAUAGUUAACUGUCGACGGGACCGCAGUCUGUGGUGUAACCGGACCGUUUGAACCCAGAGGAGCCGUUAGUAGCCGUUAGUUAUAUGACGGUUUGUCUCUGUAGCAACCGAGCUGCUGUUAGCUCUCACACACAAAGAGAGGAGAGUGAAGCUAACUAACUCAACAGCCAGCACACCUGCUCUCCUCUGCUGCUUUGUAAACAAUGGAUACGUUUCAGAAGGUGGAGAAGAUAGGAGAAGGGACGUAUGGAGUAGUUUAUAAAGCCAAGAACAAAGUCACCGGAGAAACUGUUGCUCUCAAGAAGAUCCGGUUAGACACGGAAACAGAGGGCGUACCAAGCACUGCCAUCCGAGAGAUUUCCCUUCUCAAAGAACUCAGUCACCCAAACAUCGUCAAAUUACGGGAUGUCAUCCACACCGAGAACAAGCUCUACCUUGUUUUUGAGUUCCUUCAUCAGGAUCUUAAGAAGUUCAUGGACUCCUUCACAGUCGGUGGUAUGCCACUGCCUCUGGUUAAGAGUUAUCUCUUCCAGCUACUGCAAGGCCUGGCCUUCUGCCACUCUCACAGGGUUCUUCAUCGAGACCUGAAGCCCCAGAACCUCCUCAUCAACGCCCAGGGGGAGAUCAAGCUUGCUGACUUUGGCCUGGCAAGAGCCUUCGGGGUGCCCGUUCGCACUUACACACACGAGGUGGUAACACUUUGGUACAGAGCGCCAGAAAUCCUCCUGGGCUGUAAAUACUACUCCACAGCUGUCGACAUCUGGAGUCUGGGGUGCAUCUUUGCUGAAAUGCUCACCAGGAGGGCCUUAUUCCCCGGCGACUCGGAGAUCGAUCAGUUAUUCCGAAUCUUCCGCACCUUGGGAACACCCGAUGAGACCGUCUGGCCAGGAGUCACGUCGAUGCCGGACUACAAACCAUCUUUCCCCAAGUGGGCCCGGCAGGAUCUAUCCAAAGUGGUGCCGGUUCUUGAUGAGGAUGGAAGAGAGCUGCUUGGAGAAAUGCUGAAUUAUGAUCCAAACAAAAGGUUAUCUGCCAAAAACGCCCUUGUACAUCGAUACUUCCGCGACGUCACCAUGCCAAUUCCUCAUCUGAGACUCUGAGUCAGGCAUAAUCUCAGUCCAUUUUAAUGCCAACAACGUCUAAGCAAUAAGGACCUCCUUGCCUCGCCUCAUAUCCGUGACUGGAAUGGACAGAAAAAGUGGACACUACAGGAUAUGUUGGAUCCUUUAAUGGAUAUCUGUUAAUACUUAAAACCAGCUUUCUAGACGAUAAACGUCCCGAGAGUUUUGCAGUUUUUUCAGCCAUGUUAUAAUAGUUACGAACUGUAAUUUUCUAUAUCAUUAUUUUGCAUAUUUGUGUGCAACUGCCAUUGUUGAUGUUAAUGUUAUUUGGGACGGUCCUCUGAGUGUAGAUCAGGGAGACUCGUUCUAGUUAUCUGCCAUUAUUUCCCAAAAAGGUUGGCUUUAGGAUGUCCAAAUUCAAAUAGUCAAGUACUUAGAAUUAAAUAUGAUUGAAUAAGUUUGUGGGAUAGUGCAAAUAAACAAAUGUCAUGCUUUGUAAGACUGAGCAGCAGCUGAAUGGGAGAUGUGAUUGACGGUUGUCACACAACAAACAUCGUCGGCUGAUGUAAAACAGUUGGAGCUAAAAGAACAUGAGAGGACAUUCGUGUUCUUUUAGGUUGAUUUUCUUGCAGUUAAAUUCUUUAAAUUUGGUUCUAAAGUAUCUUGAAGUGAUUUUAUAACAGCAUCUUUGGUUGUUUAACGCACAGAGAUGUUUAUUGGUUGUUCAGCUGGCAGGAUUCACUCGCCAAACAGAAAUUCUCAGCUUUGUGCAUACAGUUGUGAUAUACAGAUCCCCGUUGUAAUUCAGAUUUUACAGAAUUGAAUGUGCUGUUGCAUCUUUCUUACUCUAGAUUUUAUUCAAAGUUAAGGAACUGUUUUUAUGGAUAUUGUUUAUUUACAGUUUGAAAAAAAUAAACUUGUUUAAACAACUGUU